CACGCAAAGUAUAUACUAUUUUUUUAUAAAGAAGAGAGAGAAAACGUGUUUUCUACCGCUUAUUUCUUCGGGGGGGCCACCGACGAGGCCCCAGCUGGAAUGGACACGCGGACGCCGCCCGCUUGCAUCCCUAACUGAGGUGACACGUGGCACAUGGUCCAUAGGGUAAGCCCCGCAGGUAACAUAGGUGCUGGAUCACGAGGCCGCCCCACAGCCGUCCAUCCGAUGAUCCGUAGGCAGGAAGUUUCCGCUGCCGCAAGCGGCCACUGCCAGUCGAUGCGUACUAGCCACGGCCAGGGCAGCAGUACACUGAAUGCCGCUGGAGCUUGCCAAAAAAACGGUGCGUCGCCAGGCUGUGAGCCGCGGUGCAAAAGUGGCGGCUUGCGAGGCCCAGGCGAGCUCACCAAAGGCAAGCAAACGGGCCGGGCGGGCGGGCGAGCGAUCGAACACGCGCACCGCGCACGCACGAGCCACCGGCACCGUCCCAACGGACGGCGAUUAAAGGCCUCCUUAAAAGCGCGUCGUCUCCCACCGCUCCCAACCUCGCGAUUCGAUCCAUCACCACCGUCUCGACCAGCACGACCCAUUUCCGCCGCCGGCGCUGCUUGCUUUGCACUACUACCACGGCGGACGUCCCCGGCGCGAGCGGGCAGGUAAGCAUGGAGCGCAUUGGCGAGGCCCACCAGGUGCACCAGCUGCAGCAGGCGGCGUCGUUCGGCGUGGUCGAGCACUCCGUGGUGGCGGCGGCGGCGGCGGCCAAGCCGAGGGCGCCGGGGCUGCCGCCGACGCCGCCCGCGUCCUUCGCCGGGCAGCGGGGUGGUGCGGGCGGCGACGUGUGCAUGGACGACUCCUCGGGGGCGGCGGGGCGCAAGCAGGUCGUGCCGGCGCACCGCCGGUCCCGCAGCGAGGUGCCGUUCGCGGGCUACUUCCCGCCGCCGACGCACCAGCUGCCGCAGCCCAAGGCGGAGGCCGGGGGCUGGGGCGACGGUGCCGGCGGCGACGACCUCUUCAACUCGUACCUGAACCUGGAGGGGAUGGACGUGCUCAACUCCUCGUCGCCCGACAGCAGCGCCAAGGCCGACAGCAGCGAGAACGGCGACUCCGAGGAGUGGGUCGGCGCGGGCGUCAAGAGGAGCGCCGCCGGGGAGCCGGCGAUGGCCGGGCGGCACGCCCGGAGCCUGUCCGUGGACAGCCUCAUGGGGAGGUUCAACUUCGCCUCCCCCGGCGGCGCCGCCGCCAACGGCGCGGGGGGCAUGUUCAGCCUGGAGUUCGGCAGCGGCGAGUUCUCCCCGGCCGAGAUGAAGAAGAUCAUGGCCGACGAGAAGCUGGCCGAGAUGGCCCUCGCCGACCCCAAGCGCGUCAAGAGGGUGCUGGCGAACCGGCAGUCGGCGGCGCGGUCCAAGGAGCGCAAGAUGCGGUACAUCGUGGAGCUGGAGCAGAAGGUGCAGAUCCUGCAGACGGAGGCCACCACGCUCGCCGCGCAGAUCAACCUCCUGCAGCGCGACUCGUCGGCGGUGGCGACGCAGAACAACGAGCUGAGGUUCCGGCUGCAGGCCAUGGAGCAGCAGGCGCAGCUGCGCGAUGCUCUGAACGAGGCGCUGACAGGCGAGGUCCAGCGCCUCAAGAUCGCGACCAUCGAGCUCGGCAUCGGCGACUCCUGCUCCUCCAACGGCAUGGCCCAGCAGCACAACCUCAUGUUUCAGCAGCAGCAGCAGCAGCUGCAGCAGGCUACACCCAUACCAUUCUACCAGCUGCAGCACCAACAACAGCAGCAGCAGCAGAACGGCACAGCCAACAAGCAUGAAUCAAGAGAGUGAUGGCGAUGAUGGCAGAAGCAUUUGAUUGGACUAGAGAAGAAACAUUGCAGAUUGCAGACACCAAAGGAAAACUUUGGUUUAGAGUUGAACUGUGAAUUCAUGUGGUUUUAUUGACUCUUUUGUUUUAAUGUCGUCGUUAAUAAUCGUUGUUGUUUUCCAGGCAGUGAGCCCUGCCUGUACUUUCUUUUUCUUUCUUAUUAUGUUCAUUGGUUCUGUGGAUAUGUUACCUUUCAGUCACCAAAACUGGUGGAGCAGUAGUUGAUUAAUAACAUAUUCUUUUGUAGAACUAGUUUCUAUUUGUUGGGUA